UGACUCUACCUAUUGUGCGAAGGGAAGACGGUGCCGAUAACCGCAGCCGCGCCAGCCUGUCAAGUCCGCUGCCGCAGCGGAGCAACCACCCAGCAGCAACCUCGGAGCGGAGAGGAGGACGAGGACCUCAUGCCUAGGAACGGUGCGGCCGCUGCCCAGCCCUGACAGCCGAAGGGCAAGGAAAGCAACCCCCCCCUCCACCGCCGGGAGCAAGGACCCCCGUCUCGGUUUCACCAUGGCUAAUAGGCCGAGGGUCAGCGAGACUCUAAAAGUGGUGGUCCGCUGCCGCCCCAUGAACAGGAAAGAGGAAGCCACGGGCUACGAGAGGAUCAUGGACAUGGAUGUGAAGCUGGGCCAGGUGACGAUCCGGAACCCCAAGGCCUCCCCAGGGGAACUGGCCAAAACCUUCACCUUUGAUGCCGUGUAUGAUGCCACUUCCAAGCAGGCAGACCUGUACGAUGAAACGGUCCGGCCCUUGAUCGAUUCGGUCCUGCAAGGGUUCAACGGCACCAUCUUUGCCUACGGUCAGACCGGUACCGGGAAGACCUACACUAUGCAAGGGAUCUGGGCUGACCCUGAGAAGAGAGGGGUCAUCCCCAUCUCCUUUGAGCACAUCUUCACCCACAUCUCCCGUUCUCAGAACCAGCAAUAUUUGGUCAGGGCUUCCUAUUUGGAGAUCUAUCAAGAAGAGAUCCGAGAUCUCCUGGCGAAAGACCAGAGUAAGAAAAUGGAUCUGAAAGAGAACCCGGAAACGGGGGUUUACAUCAAGGACCUUUCGUCCUUUGUGACCAAAAACGUCAAAGAAAUUGAACAUGUCAUGAAUUUGGGGAACCAAACCCGAUCGGUGGGCAGCACGAACAUGAACGAGUACAGCUCCCGCUCGCACGCCAUCUUUGUCAUCACGGUGGAGUGCAGUGAGACUGGCCCAGAUGGAGAGGAUCACAUCCGGGUGGGGAAGCUCAACUUGGUGGACUUGGCUGGGAGUGAAAGGCAGAGCAAGAUGGGUGCUCAGGGGGAACGGCCCAAAGAGGCCUCCAAGAUCAACCUCUCCCUCUCCGCUCUGGGGAAUGUGAUUUCAGCCCUGGUGGAUGGCAAAAGCACCCAUAUCCCCUAUCGGGAUUCCAAGCUCACCCGCCUUCUGCAGGACUCUUUGGGUGGUAAUGCCAAGACCAUCAUGGUAGCCACGCUGGGCCCAGCUUCCCACAGUUACGAUGAGAGCUUGUCAACCCUCCGUUUUGCUAACAGGGCCAAAAAUAUCAAGAACAAGCCACGAAUCAACGAGGAUCCUAAAGAUACACUAUUGCGGGAGUUCCAGGAGGAGAUCAUCCGCCUGAAGGCCCAGUUGGAGAAACGAGGGAUGCUGAGCAAGAAAAGGCGGAGGAGUAGCCGGAGAAAGAAAACCAUAGAUGGGGAGGGAACCCCCGAAGGUGAAGAGCCAGAGGACAAUGAGGAUGGAGGGCUGGAAAAAAACAUGAAAAAUUACUUGAAGGAGCAAAAGGAAAAGUUGGAGGAGGAAAAAGCAGCAAUCCAAGAUGACCACAGCCUGGUGAAUGAGGAGAAGCAAAAGCUACUGGAGGAGAAAGAAAAGAUGAUUGAGGAACUCAGGAGGGAGCAAGAGGCCACUGAACUUCUAGCAACCAAAUACAAGGCAAUGGAAAGCAAAUUGCUGAUUGGUGGAAGGAACAUCAUGGACCAUACAAAUGAGCAGCAAAAGAUGCUUGAACUGAAAAGACAGGAAAUUGCAGAGCAGAAGCGGCAUGAGCGGGAAAUGCAACAGGAAGUGCUUUUGCGAGAUGAGGAAACCAUGGAGCUCCGGGAGACAUUCACUUCUUUGCAGCAGGAAGUAGAAAUCAAAACCAAGAAGCUCAAAAAGCUUUAUGCCAAGCUUCAAGCUGUGAAGGCAGAGAUCCAGGACCAACACGAUGAAUACAUCCGAGUGCGGCAAGACCUGGAGGAGGCACAGAAUGAGCAGACACGAGAACUGAAACUCAAGUACCUAAUCAUUGAAAAUUUCAUCCCCCCUGAAGAGAAAAACAAGAUCAUGAACCGCCUCUACUUUGACUGUGAGGAGGACCAGUGGAAAUUCCAGCCCUUGGUGCUGACUCCAGGGAAUAGCAGCAGCAGCAGCAGCAACAGCAACUCCACCACUGGGACUCAGAUGAAAAAGCGCCCAACUUCUGCAGUGGGAUACAAAAGGCCAAUAAGUCAAUAUGCUCGCCUAGCCAUGUCAAUGGGGUCCCAUCCUCGGUAUCGGGCUGAGAACAUCAUGUUUCUGGAACUAGAUGUCUCUCCACCAGCUGUUUUUGAGUUUGAGAUCACACAAGACCAAAGUGAGCAGGACCCACGAGCAUUGCAUUUGGAGAGGUUGAUGCGGCUAGAUAGCCUCAUGGAGCGACCUGCAGCAUCCCGAGUACGGAAGUCCCGAUCUUGGUGCCAGACUCCUCGCACCUUGCCGUCUUCAGCAACACAAGUCUCCCUGUCCUCCAGCUCACAGAACCCUUCCAUACCACUGGCUCACAAAUAAUAUCCCUCGAGCCCUUCUCCUUCCUUCAGAUAUGAGGACUGCGCUCUUUCUGCCACUGAUUGCCUCUGAGAACACAUAGUCCAGGGAGAGGUGUCCCCUGCACUAACUCAUCUUUGUCUUUAGCUACUGUGUGUGUGUGUGUAUGUCUGUAUGAGAUGAUGGCUCCUCGGGGCCCAUAUCCCCAGCGUUCUCUGGAUCUGUCACCCAAUCACUCUAUUUAUUUAACAUAUUUAUUUAUGAUGUGUCUUCGUGAUGAUGCAGGUUUCAAGCUGAGCAGCAACUCCAGUUGGUGGAAGGUGCAGUCCUACUGGCUUUCUGUUAGUGUUGGGGAAAUUUGCUCGGUGCACAAUGUUUCUAAAAGACAAUGCUUGCUUUUUCUUCAUUCCAUGUAUGUUUUAGACUCAGAAGAGAAAAAUGAUUAGAGGGCAAUGAGAACCAUCUAUAUUUAGCUCCAAUGGCAGUUCUGUCUGUUUCUUCUGGACUGUGGAAAUCAUAGUCAACUUUGAUGUGUAUACUAUGCAGUGAGGAUGAUGAGCAAAGUAGGCGAGUCUCAGGGGCAGGAUCUUGAUCUCACCAAAAUCUAUGGAUUUCCUUUUGCUUUUGCAAUAAGGGCACAGGUCUCAUUUCAUCUUCUGUUCAAAUCUUCUUCAUCUACUCUCCACGCACAGAUGUUGCAGAGAAAUAGCCUGGGCAUCAAUCAUGCAAGCAGAACUAUGAGAGGGCUAACUAAAGCAUCUUUGUGACUUUGGGAAACAUUCUCUGCACCUGGUUGAGAAAAAAGACAAGACAGCUUUAAGCAGCUAAUAAUUAAAAAAAAAACACUUGAUCAACUUACUGAGACAAGGAGUCACCUGUACUUUAAUUGGGAACAACAUUUUUAUACUUGAAAACAAACUGUAUGUAAAGUGGGGAAGGGAAGCCAAAUUCCCAGUUAUUUUGACAGAGCACAGGAAGUAAUAUAAUCUUAUCCAGAAGUAUGUUCCAAUUCACGAAGUCCUUUCAGUGGCAAUUGCAGGUUUAAUUGAGGAGGUAGCCUAGUAGUGACAAGAGUUUUCUGGAUCUAAACAGACCAAGAAUAAAUAUUGGGGGGGGGGGAUAGUCUUUAUAUCCAGCAUCUCUCUCUGUCCAAGUUAUCUUUUGCACUUUGACUUAUUAUUAGAAGAAUGGCUGUUGGUAACCUUAGCUAUCAUGCUUCCUGAUAUUGACAUUUUUGAUAAACCCAAAGUUACUCAAAUCCAAUCACAUAAGCCAUCACGAAUUGCAGAAACCAUAAGAAGUUUAGAAAGCCUAAUUUGACUGGCUUUAAUAGGAACAGAAAGAGAAGGAAGUCUUGAGAUCGAUGAAUGAUCCUGAAUGUUCUGUCCAAUUCUGGCAGUAAUUUGUGUUACAAAAAGAUACUUACCUUUCUGUGCUCCGGGUUUUGAGCACUGAAAUGCCUGAAGGAAGGAUAAGGAAACAUCUGGCAUCAAAAGAGCUACAGCACAGAGGUGGGCAAAUCCAAGAGUGUCAAUCUAUGACAGAUUAUAUACUGAGGCAUGUAACAUUUGGGAUUUCUGAGAAAGUGAUUUUCCCAAAUCAUACUUUUUGUUCUCCUUUGUACAUACCUUGCUUUGUCCUUGCAGGAAUAUUUUUAUUCUAAGAUUCAGUAGUUUAUUUAGGAAAUUGCUUCCUCUGGGUUUAGAAUGUUCAAAUCAUUUAUUAUUUUUCAACUAUUGAGAGAAUCAUAAUAGCACAAAUUCUUACCAUUGUUCUAUUAUCGAUUAUCGCAAAUGAAGCAAGUACAGAAUUGAGGGCAAUUGCUAUUACAAAAUCAUUAAUUUGGGCUCCCUUUUUGUAUUACCCAUGUAAAAAUUACACCGUUCAAGCAAUAGGUUAAUGUCAGUCAAUUUGGUACCUUUAGUACCAAUGGCAAGAGGACAUUUUCUGGCAAGUUACUAUUAACAUGAUAUAGAAACUACCUUCUACAGAUGGCAAUGUGAGAACUAACACAUCUCAGUGUUAUAUAAUUUUAUCAUAAUUGUCACACAUGUAGUAUGUCAAUUUGCCUUUUACUUUGUUGACCCUAAAGCUCUGCUCCAUCUUUUGCACUGGUUGUUUUAGUAGCUAUUGGUAUUCCUACUAUGCCAUUCUUUUUUAUGUUGCAUGUAGCUGAUGAAUCAUGGGAGCUAGUACAGGAAUAUUGUAAAAGAUCAAAGGCAACAAAAAUUGGAUGACAGUUAAGAAUCUAGUUAGAAGCUAACCUGGUUCUCAGACCAUAAGAAUAUAGUAUGUGUUUCUUUUCUCCCCAACUUUUAAAGGAGCCAAACAUGCCUUCUUCACCAAAAGGUAAAAAAAAGCUUGAAUCCGCUUACUCAAUGCCUUUUUGCCUUUGAUUUCUGGAAUCUCUUAAAUUCUAAAUACCUUGGAAUCAGGAUCAAGCACAUCCAAAUGCAUCUUUUAAGUUUACAGCACAAUGUUCACAUACAGAAAGAAGAAUGAGACGAAGUCUGGUCAAUUUAUUUGUGGGCUUAAUCUUAUUAAUAACACUUGAAUUUAAUAUCUGGCCUUUUCGUCAUCUUGAAGUUAUUUGCCAUGGACUAUAAAAAUAUAUGAACUGGAGAAUAAAAGAGAUAUGCCCUUCUUCAUUGCAAAGGAAAGUCAAGAGAUGCUCUCACAAUGAAAAAGACAUCUGACCAGAAUUUUUCCCCCAUCCAACCAGGAUUAAAAUUGGAUACUGGUAAGCUGAGGCCAGUUGUUUUUCCUGCAUAAUCACAUGUUGACUCUAGAAAUCUGGGGUCAUAACUAGACAGUUAACCACAUCUAGCAGUUUGAAGCAGUGAGCUUGUCUGCACACAAAUAUGGGGAAGGAUGACACUUUUGACAAUGUACUGUACUCUGACCGUAUAUUAAGUGUCUGAAGAUCUCUCCUAUUUCUCAAUCUGCUGCUGUGCUGGCAUUAACCUCAGAUAACUUCCUAGCACAAAACACAAGAACUAUUGCAAAGAAAUAUUGUAACUUAAGACAAGAACCAAUUACUGAUAGCUGUGGCAGCCCUUCAGCUUCUACAGUGGGGCUAGGACACUCCUACAGCUCUGCUGCAUUGCUGCAACAACCUCAGAUGUAGAUUUCUGAUGUUCUUUGUUCUUUGUAUGUCAGAGAGUCUGUAUUUACAUAUGAAUGUAUGUGGUGAGUACGUAUGUUGUGUGGGUAUGUAUGGGUGUCCCACCCAGGGAAAAUCAUGGGAUUUCUAUUUAGGAGAUUGGAGAUGGGGCGGGGGGGGGGGGGGAAUCCAAAGGGGAAUUAAAAAAAAAGGGAGGGACUGGUUGGUUGGCAAGGUGAGGCCUCUACUGGGACCAAAAUAUUGUGCCUGUUACUGUGGUGAUUUACUUUGGCAGUCAAAAAUUGGUGUACGGUGGCCCAUGCUUGUUGCUCUAUACAUAUGACUAUACAGGACAUAUUAUGCAUAAUAUAUUACACAUGAUGUACUAGAAGAGGUUGGUGUCCCAACUCCCUCUGGUUUUGGAUAGAUAGCUUUUCAAUACACUGUAAUGUUGCUUUGAUUUGGUGUAGGCCUGGAGAGUGCUGAGCAGUACCACAACCAAAUCCCAGCCAUGACAAUAAAGGAAUGAGCAUUGUUGAAAACAAUCUCUCAUUUAUUUGCCACUCUCUUUCUUGCAGCAAGGUAGAGAGAGAAAAUAAAAUGACCUUAGACCUGUUAUGACUAAGAUCUUCCAAUGGAUUUCUACGUUAUGAUUGGGGACAAUAUAAAGUGAUGAAAUAAAUAGUGUUACUGAAAUAAUGCACUCUAAUUUGAAGCAUUCUCUAUUGAACAAAAAGAGAGGUCAUCUCUCUUUAACAAAACAUAAGCUGGUUUGUCUUAACCUGUUAACUCUAAAUGAGUUAACAAAAUACAAUUGCUGCAUUCAUUAAACGUUCAGUGUCUAAACAAAUAAACCAUAUUAUAACUUAAUGUGAUGAACUAACUCCACUAUUAUGCUAAGACAACUUCUUGGUUCUCCUACCACAAUACAAUAAAAAUCACCAACCCAAUUUUAGCUGAGUCUAGCAUUUAAAACUAAGAUUGAUAAAUAGAUUUAAGUUGUGAACUGAGAAAAAUAACAAGCGGUAAUAUGAGAGGAAGCAUUUUACAAAAGUCUACAGUCUGUAACAAUUUUGUAAUUAUGUACAGUUUGAAUUAGAUGCAGAAAUAUUUUAGGCUGCAUUAAGUGCAAUCAUAACAGAAGCAUGGUGGAUUGCUUUUUUCAAGACAUAAUUUACCUAUUUCAUAUACAGGUAGUCCUCAAUUUACAACCACAAUUGAGCCCAACAUUUAUGUUGCUAAGUGAG